AUGGCUUCGUCACUGCUUAUGCAUAUUCAGUGUUCAGUUUGUUUGAGUGAUUACACGGAUCCGGUGAGUCUUCCCUGCGAUCACUCUUACUGUCGACAGUGCAUCUGUGGUCAUGUACGAGCCACUACCAGACCGGACGGAAAAGCAGAAUGUCCAGAAUGCCGGACCCUCUUCUCCCCAAAGGAUAUCCGAGCCAACAGACUCCUGAGGAACAUGGCAGAUGCCAUCAGAGAUCACAUGGCAGAUCUCAAACUUGGAGAUACCGCUGAGGACAGUUCCCAAAACAAACUCAAGACUAAGGUGACGUCUCGGGAGCAUACAGGUUGGAUGUUGUGUCCUUUGCAUGAGGAGAAUCUUAAACUGUUCUGUGAGACAGAGCAAAAACUUAUCUGUUUAAUCUGUCGCGAUGAUCCAACUCACCAGGGACACAAGUUUGUACCAGUUAAGGAAGCAGCAAAUGCCAGGAAGGGUGAGGUUAAAGGAGUGCUGGGUUUUCUGUCAAAAGAAAAUGUGGAGCUGGACAAAAUGAUCCAACAGCAGGUUUCUGAGAUCAGCAAGACUGAGGAGAGGUCUGAAUGCCUGUCAAACCAGAUUUCUGCUCAGUUUGAGGAGAUGCAUGAGUUUCUGAGAAAGAGGGAGGAGGAUGUGAAGAAAAUGCUAGAAAAGGAGAAGACAGAAGCUGUAGAAUCAAUGAGGAAAAACAUCUCAUUGGUCGAGGAAAAAUUGUCAUGUGGUAUAGAGAAGCAGGUCAUUCUAUUGUCUGCUUUGGAUCAGCAACCAGAUGACAGCUUUCUACAGUGGUGGAUUGAGAGUGGAAAAACCGUGACUGAGGAAGUGAAACGGAGCGAUGAUGAGAACUCAGCAAAAGAAGCAAACGAGGUCUCUCCCAAACGACUAUACAAGUCUGGAGUGAGAGAUCUUCAUGUGGCUCCUGACUCCCUGUUCCUGGGACCCUAUGAGACUCACCUGCAGUUCUUUGUGUGGAAAGAGAUGCUGAGAUCCAUCAAACCAGUCCCACUUCAUCAUAGUAUUGAAGAAAAUGAUGAUCCCUACUUGCGGGUGUCUCCAGGUGGCCACAGUGUCUUCCGGAAGUCCAAAAAAGGGAUAUUUGCCACUAAGAAGGAUUAUGUACCUGUUGCACACACUAAGACAUUUCUUAAGACUGGCCAGCAUUACUGGGAGGUUCAGGUUGGGGAUAAGUUAGAAUGGAGCGUAGGUGUUUGCGCAAAAGAGCUUGACAAUGAGAUAGAUACACUAUUAAUCUGCAGCUAUGAAAUGGGGUAUGUGGUUGGCCGUUAUGACUAUGACGAUGAAGAAGACAUAGACGUAAUACUAGUCGAAGUCAAACCCAGAAAGAUAGGAGUGUACAUGGACUGUGAGAGAAAUGAGGUCUCAUUUUAUAAUGCUGAUAAUAUGACUCUUAUCGACAAGACCAAAUGUCACUUUACGUCACCUCAUGCACUGUGCCUCUCUCCUGGAUCCUACCUGGAGGGGAAGAACAUUGAUCCACUGUCAAUGUGUUGGUAUUAA